AACUACUAGGUACAAAAUGUAACAAGUAACAACGUUGAACGUACGUUCUUGUUCAAAUAUUAUUAAUUAUUAAUUAAUAAUUAUCCUUAUUAUUCAUUUAUAAUAAUGUGUACUUGGUGUUCUGAUCUCUGAUGUAAUUUCGUCAGAAAUCACACUUUGAAAAAUACUUAAUUGCUCGAAUAAGUCUAGAAUUUGUAAAUCGAACUCUCAUCUAUGUUCUGCCUUGAUAAAAUGUUUUUUAUACAGAUCCUGUCGGUAUUCGUGUUUUGUAUUUGCGCGUGUCGUGCUACGCAAUCCAAAGGAGUAGUUUCCUUAGACUCGUUGACUUUUGAUAAGGUUCUUUCAAAAUUUAAAGUAUCAAUCGUCAAAUUCGAUGUCUCGUAUCCAUAUGGUGAAAAACAUGAAGAGUUUGUAAAAUUAGGUUCUGCCUAUCAAUCGGUAGAAGAUCUGCUCGUGGCUGAAGUACCAAUAAAAGAUUAUGGAGAUAAAGACAAUGAAGAUUUGGCCAUCAGGUAUGGUGUAUCAAAAAAAGAUUACCCAGUCAUAAAGUUGUUCGUGAAUGGCCAGUCAGAGCCAUAUGUAUAUAACGAUAACGAUUUCAAUCAAGAAAAAUUACAAAAGUUUGUUGUUAAACACAGCAAAGAAAUUUUGUACAUUGGACUUCCAGGUACAUUAGAAAAGUUUGAUGGUUUAGCAUCAGAAUUCGCCAAGGAAAAAUCAGUGGAUAAACGCAAAGAAAUAUUGCUGAGAGCUGAGAAAUUGUGGGACACCAUUGAGGGCAAACAAAAACAAAAGUCGGCUGAGGUGUAUGUAAAGAGUAUGAGAAAAGCUUUGGAAAAAGGCAAUGAGUUUUUCCAUACUGAAACUAUUCGCAUCAACAAUGUGCUUAAGGGUUCAAUGACUCAAGAAAAAAAAGCAGACUUAAGUGUUCGUUUAAACAUUUUAGAGUCAUUUAAAAUACAGCACGAUGAAUUAUAAGCUGUAAACUUAUUUUGUUUGAUAUAUUACUAAUUUUUAAUAAAGUAUUUUUGGGGGUUGUGAUAUUUUUGUAAACUAUU